UUUUGUUUGAAGAAACGAGACCGAUUUCACUUUGAAAAAGUUCAAAAUUAAUAGAAAAUUCAUAUCCACGAUAUUGUAGUGAACGUAGCUUGCAACCAAGCCCGACCGAAUUGUUCUCCCUAAUUAUUUAACGCCAUAAUAUUUUUUUUGUUUCGAUGUGAAUUGUCGAACGUACAACGUUUUAUGGUUUUGCUGUAAAAUUUGCUUACCAAGUGUAAUAACAUACGUUGCAUAAUAACUAUUAGAGAAUAUACACUAGUGUGCUUAGUAACUCGUAAAAUGAACAGCUAUUUGUCGCCCCGGUGGAUGGUAGGCGCCGCAGUUGUCGGUCUGGUCGGAGCAGCAGGCAUGUUUUUAUAUGAACAGGUCUACGCAGAGAAAAGGAGAGCUAUGUUAGUUAGUGAAGUAGCAAGAUUGGAUAAACAAGUAUCAAGCAUGAGGGCUGAAUUGGAAGCACUCAGGGAACUACAGAAAGAGACAAGGAACAAAAAUUUAGAAGCUAUGCCAGCUAGGCAAGCGCGCCGCGCGAAACUAAAAGCGCGCGUACGGCGCGAAGUGACGCCGGCCGGUGACGUCACCGAUUCGGAAUAUUUCACCGAUUGUCACUCUUUGGCAGGAACAGAUAUCGAAUUCGACAGUGAAGAAUUCUACGACGUGCCUUCAGAUGAAGAAGACACAUUGAAAGAGUCGCUUAAGAACGGUCACCUUACUUCAUCCGAAAGCUUAGAACAGGAUCCAACGCUGACCGCACCAGUGAAACCACCGAGAAAUGAGAGUACAUAGCUGAUAUAGGGGUUUAUUUUAAUGGUGAGAUUAUUGUAUUUACCUAGCAGUAAUCUAUAUCUAUACUAAUACAUAUUAC